UGCCUUCACACCACUCCAAAAUGAACUAACCUUGACAAAAGCAACUAAACGAACGAUUAUAAAGAAGAAGAAUGUAUUAAACGAAUUAAACAUAAAUCAUUGUUUAUUAUUUAUAUAUAACUGUUUAAAAUGUGAAGAUUGUUGAUACAAUUCAUAUUAUCUCAAAAUGAACUGGUAGAAAUUAUAUUUUAUUAGCAAUGGGGUGGAUGACAUGUUGUCAAUGUAAAUCAAACGACGAGAAAAUAAUAGAAUUAGAUUUUUCAAGAUGUGGGAUUUCUGAAGUACCUAAUGAAGUUUAUGCCAAUUCUCCGACACUCGAAGUCUUGCAUUUAGAAGGAAAUAAACUGAAAGACUUAUCUCCACAGUUAUUUCAGUGUAUAGAUUUAAGAUACCUUAAUGUGAGUGAUAAUGAAAUCCGAGCCAUACCACCAUUGAUAUCAAAAUUGACCAAUCUACAAGUUUUAAUAUUUAGUAAAAAUGUUUUAGAUGGAGUUCAUCAAAAUUUAGAUAAACUUAGCAAAUUGACUAUGUUGGAUUUAAGUAUGAAUGAUUUAGGUAAAGUUCCAGAAGCCAUUAUGAGCCUUAUUAAUUUACAACAACUUUGCCUGAAUGAUACAGGUAUUGAUUUUGUUCCUGCAAAUAUCGGAAGACUUUCUAAUUUAAGGAUAUUAGAAUUACGAGAUAAUAAUUUGUCUGAGCUACCUAAAUCUAUUAGGCGCUUAACUAAUUUACAACGACUUGAUGUUAGUGAUAAUAAUUUAACAAAUUUGACAGAAGUAUGUGAGUCACAUGGAAAUUUGACUGAAUUAUGGAUAAAUGGCAACAAUAUAUCUGAACUUUCAGUAUCCAUAACUCACCUUAAGAAGAUAAAUGACUUUGAUGCCUCAUAUAAUAAUCUAGAAUCGGUUCCAAAAGAAAUUGGGCAUUGGACAAAAAUAACAAAUUUAAUUUUAAGCUUUAAUAAUUUAGUUUCAUUGCCAAAGGCUGUUGGAAACCUCAGAAAUCUUCAAGUUUUGAAACUUGAAUCAAACUUUUUAGAGGAACUGCCUAGCACAAUUUGUAAAUUAGUUAAUUUGGAAGAACUCAAUCUGCAGAAUAAUUCUUUAAUAAAAGUACCUAGUGGGAUUGGGCAUUUAAGGAAACUAGCAACAUUGAUUUUGUCUGAUAAUAAGUUACAACAGUUGCCUUUAGAAAUUGGUAGUUGCUGUGAACUUUCAAUAUUAAAUGUUCAUAAUAACCAUUUGGAAAAACUUCCAGAUGAAGUUGGUCAUCUUCAAAAUUUAACUACUCUUGGAUUAAUUGGGAAUAGACUCUCAUACUUACCUAUAACAAUUUCAAAACUCCAAAAUCUUAAAGCACUAUGGUUAACACCAAAUCAAACACAGCCAUUAAUUCAUCUUCAAAAUGAACAACUGCCAGAUGGUCAGGUAGUCCUGACUUCAGUUGUUUUUCCGCAAACGCCUCUCAGAGAACCUCCACCUACACAACUACCUAUGGGUAACCAAAACUGCCACAUUACAUUCAAUACAGAAAGGAAUGAUUCUGAGGUUACAGAUGCACAGAUAUCCUUGAGUAGGACUCCUACACCGCACCACAAGGAAUUAAAAAGAUUACGAGAAGUGUUGAGAAAUUCUCAUAUUCCAGGAAAAAGGCCGUUAAAUAUUUCCGAAAUAAAAGAAGCAAAAGUAACAAAUAUAUCAGGAGAUCUAGCUGUAUCUGAAAAUAGUUUAAAUGGUCGCGACUCUACAGAAAUUCCUGAAAAUCUAUCUGACAUUACUAGAGAGAUAAACAAAACCCCUCCAAAACAACCUCCACCGUAUCAUAUAGCCGCUGUUUACUCUAAAAACGCACAUUUAUUUACUCAAAAUCAAACUGUAAGUCCUCCAAGUCCAAUGGACCAACCAAAACAAUUUAGCCAAAAACAGCCUCCUAAUAUUCAUAUGCCGACUCCCAAACUACCAAGCAAUAGGAGUCACAUUCCUGUUUUGCAAAUCGCUGAUGCAAAUAAUGGUUAUAAAGAUGUUAAUAUGAUGUGUGAAGAUGAUUUGAAUCAGAGUAAACAACUUGUUAAAUGGCCAUUUGGAAAGCAUAAAGUUUGUCAGGUUUUAGAGGUUGAGAUUCCUCAAUCAUUUACCCCGAAAAAUAUUCGUAUUGUUGGACAAAGUAAUGGUUUGUUCAUAGAUUAUGUAGAUCCUCAAAGUGAAGUAUUUCAGAAAAUUUGUAUUGGAGAUAAGAUAUUGGCCAUUGAUGAAAUUGACUACACUAUUAUGGAACCAGUCAUUGCUUAUCAAGAUGCAUGCCAAAGAAUGAGCAAUUUAAAAACUGUGACUGUCUCGAGAAACCCACCACUUUAGCUAAGAGGUUAAAUGAAUUAAAUUCACCAUUCUUAUUGGGUUAGUAUGAAAUAUCACAAAACUGCAUUUACUUCGUCAGAAUCAAAGUAAAACUAGAAGAUUUUUUAAAAAAUAUAUCAUUAACUGUUUGAGUUACUAUCGUAUGUGAUAAAUUUCACCAAGCUUGAUUUAUCUUUUGCGAUAAGUUUUCUUCAUUAUUUUGUUAUUGCAGCACUGGGACAAAAAAGAGUUCUCUCAGCUACUUAAAUGAUACUACAAUUGCGCAAUGAAGUUUUACAACGUAUUGAUUAUAAAACUAAUAUUAUACACUUUUGACAACACAAUUAUCUUUCAGAUUGUCAACUUUCUCUUUAUUUGAUACAAAUACUUUGUUCUAAAUUUUUUAUGACUUAUUUCUGUACACAAGAACUGAUGGUUUGCAUAUUCUCGUGCAGGUGGUUGAUAUUAAUUACUGCUGUAUGAAAUGGACAUAUAAUAAUCAAUCCUUAUAUCUCCCAAUCUAUACUUCUUUAAUAGAGGAGAGGGACACCCCCAAUUUUUUUGAUGCACCGACCAACUUCGUCCUAGUCGCUAAAAGUGGUCUAUCCUUAUAUUGAUGGGAUCGCUGAAUACGAAUAUGAUAUUUAUUUUUAUCUAAAAUUGGGGCUUUAUGGUGAAAAUCGAGUUUUUAACCAAAUAUGGGAAAAAAAUGUUUUGCGAUUUCGCGUGUUCAACUCGCUGUAUCUUUGCAACUAAACGUUAUAUUUUGAUGAAAAUUUAAUGUCAUAUACAAGAGUGUAUUUUUAAAGAAUAUAAACCAGUCCAAAUUUCCCAAAGCAUUUUCCGACCGAACAGGAAAUUUUAGAAAAUUUUUCAUGCGGUACCGUAACUUUUUAGAUACUAAUGCAAAAGUUGAGUGAUGAAGUUUUUAAUUUCCUUUUUCUGAAUUUAUAGUAUUAAAAAUUAAAAUGCAAAGAAGUUUUGUGGAAAUUUUCAGAUCUUAUUAUGCAGUAGAAAAAAAUAUACAGCGAUUUCAAGCUAAGCGCUCUCGCGGCUUGACAAACGUAGAGGGCGCGCACAUCUUCAAUCUUGUCUCUCUACUAUAAUAUGUGGUCCGAGUAUAGUUCUCAGUAUUUUUCUCUCGAUUAUCUUCGGGUCUUCUCCCUUUUUAUUUAUGAUAGUUGUUUCUAUGGCGUACGCAAUCACUGGUCUUAUUAAUCUUUUAUAUAUUUUUAUUUUGUCCUUUUUACUAAUAUUCUUACUUUUGAGUAAAUUUACUUUUUCCAAAUGUUCGAUACUCUCUUUGUAUUCCCUCUCUUAUUCUUUCUGCAAGUUUCGUUAAAUAGUUACUGGAUUUGUCUCUAUCUAACAAUUUUAUCAUCCUAAAUCUCAGUUUAUAAUGUUUAAUAUUCAUUUGUUCAAUUAGGAAAGGGAGAGCGGGGUCUUAAAAUAUAUAUGUCCAAAUUUGUUAUCUGGGAGUAUAAAUAUAAAUUUCUAUCAACGUAUAGGUGCUGAUGAAUAUAUCGAGUAUGUCUCAGUGUUAUUCGGAGAAAAGAAAAACUCCCUUAAAGUAGUAGUUAGCUAUUCGCGGGGAUAGCUAUACCCUUCCAAAACGUUCGUAUGCUUAUAAAAAAUAUUUCCCAUUACCCUAUCCAUUACCUGAAGAACCAAAUACUUGAAAUCUGUCAUAAUUAAUAGAUUAUUGCCCAAUAUCACAACAGUAAUUAUUACUUACUGCCUCCAACAAACAUUGAUGUUUGAUAUAUUAUUUGAUUAUGUUUGAAACAUCCCUCUACACUAGUCCCUCUAUUAUUGAUCUAAAAUUAAUUGUUUGAAUAUUUUAACACAAAUCAAAACACAUACUUGAAAUAAAAUGGGUCAUAUAUAUUCAGUGAUAGUUAUAAAAAAUAUAACAGCAUGUUUCAUGUUUACUGUAUUUAAUUUUUAAGUAUAACUUUAACUUUAAGAAAAUCAUUUUUUUUUUAUUUUGUUGUUGAAGACAUUAUAUCCUCUUUUUACAAUUUACUAAUAUGUAUUGCCUGGAAGAAAUAUGUAUUGAUUAAUUAUAGGCAAACAGUUGCUUUUGUGAUAAACUGAAGACGAUAAAUGUUUCCAAAACAUAUAUGUGAAAUUCAUUUGUAAUCAGCCUGAGUAUUUGACUAGUAUAAUAAUUUGUCAGAGUUGAUAUACAUAGAUGUAUAACUGUUAUUUAUGCAUAAAAUACAUAUUUAUAUGAUAUAUAUUAAUGUAAACAGUAUUCAUAGUUUUACGUAUGCACGAGUUCUUUGACAACUCUAACAUUAUUUACAAUUUUAUAACAUUUUUAACGCUUUAUCUAUUUAUCUUUGUAGUUAUUAUUGCAUUAAUAUUAAGAAAAUAUUAAUAACAUGACUGAUUCGAGUAUUUUUGAGAAUAACUAUUUUUGUGUGAUAUUUUGAGUUAUUAUUUAUGUAUGAAACCACAAUUAUAUUUUGGGUUUAUAAUUUCAUAGUACUUAAAGUUAUUUGUUGAAGAAAGAUGGUAAAAUUUUUUAAAAUUUACAUAUUUCGUAUAAAUUAUAGUUGCUUGAGCAUUAUCAAACCAGGCAUUCAAAUAACAUUUAUUAAAUUGAUUUAAACAAAUAAUUUUUACCCAAAAUAAGACUAAAUUUGAAGAUUCUAGAAAUUACAUGAACAAUCUGAGCAACUAUAUUUCUUAGACAAUUUUAAAAAGUAAUUAUUAGUUAUUUUAUUUCAUUUUCAAAUGUAUAGUAUUAGUAUAUAAAAUUUUUUUAUACCAAUAAAAAAGUUGAUAAAACAUAUUUUUACAUGCGCAUUGGGGACUAUUUUCUUUAUUGAGUUCAAAUGAAAUGAUAAUGACAUAUUUUAAAUAAAGAUCUGUUAAAUUGGACCCCAUGAUUAUAUUGAGGAAAAAAAUUUGCAUUGUAAGGGAAAUCUUUAUGAUGACUUUUAUUAAAAAGGAGAUAUUUGAUGUGAAUAUAAUAUAGUAAAUUCAAAAUUUUCACCACCUUUUUUGUGCAAAAUAUUAUUGUAACAGCUGUAUAGAUAUAUACAUUGUUAAUCGUUUUUAAUGCAUGUUCAAUUAUUACUAGAAUUUAUAAAUAUUACAAUAAGGUUGUUAUGAAAAUCAAAGUUGAAAUCAAAAUUUUUGAAUUGUUAUAAAAAAAUUUUGUGCAAUGAUCUUUCAAACUUUUUAUACAAACAGUUUCAGAAUUACGUACAUUAAUUUCUGUGGUUGAUGGUAUGUCCAAAAAUAAGGGUACCCCUAACACUUGAACCCUGAUUUUGAAAUUUUCAAUAUUAUUCUUGGAAAUGGGCACAGCAUUUUGUUUUCUUUGACAUAUUCGCCUUAUAUUAUCAAAGUUCUGUUUAUUAUGAAUACUUUCAACAUGUGAUGUGCAUUGCUUGUGAAUCGGUGAAUAUUUUUAUUUUAUUAAAGCUAUAGUUAACCUGAUGGUUUGAGUACUUGGUCGCAGGCCCAAAUCUCAUAAAACCUACGAAAGGCAGUGUGGGUUCAAGUAAGACGAUGGUAAUUAAAACAACUAAUUUCCACUGAACUCCAAUAUGUUCAUUUUUUGAGACAAAUGUUAAAACAUUUCUAUAAUUCCAAUUAUUAAAAAUAUAAUUUCGAACAUUAUUUUAAACAAGAUAACAAUGUGUAGAUCUUUUUUAUUAGUUUUCGGCCACUUGGAGUUUUUUCUUCUUAGUAGUGUGAGGUGUAACAAACUCUUUUUGUCUUUUUAAAAUUUGGAAGUAGGUAACUAAUAAACCAGUUCUCAAAAAUUACUAAACUGAUCCACCCAUUCUUACUACAGUUUUAUCUAGCCUCAGAUGGGCCUUCUUCAGUUGUCUACAUUUUCAUCCUUAUAUAUGACAAAAGAUAGCAUUAAUUGUCGUCCUGCCUUUCCAUAAAAAUUGUAGUUAUGAUAGGUUUUGUUGUAUUCCAAACUUUACUAUUUAGUACCCUUGUAGCAAACUACAUUGUGAGAGGGUGUGUCUCGAAACAGAUUUCUGACAUUGUGAGUAUAUUCAAUGUUGUCGACCCUCACAAAUCUAAAAUCAAGUUCGGCACACAAGUUGUUUAAGUGGUUAACUGGUUAGGUUAGGAAAGGUUGCAGCUUUUUUCUCUAGUUUUUAUUGAUUUAUCCUCAUACUCCUUGGUUAACAAGAUAUACAAUGAAUGAGUUAUUUAGGACAUGAACAAACUUCAAUUUUGUUUCAAAAUAAACUUAAUAUGAAAUUUAUACACCUACCUCCAAUUUUAGGCUAUUCCUUCUGUCUAUAGAGACGUCCUAGACUUACAAUCUUACAAACUUAACGGUUUUGAUUAUGAAAGUGGUUAUCAGACAUUAUGAUGAUGAAUCCAUCCUAUAUGAAUACAGAUUACUUUUGGAGUAUAAGUUAGGGUUAUCAAGACACAUAUUUAAAUCUUUAUCAUUGCAAAGAAAUAGUUUUCAAAGAAUAGUGUAAUAAAAAGGUGACAUUUGCGAUGAAUUCAAUCUCGAAGCUAUACAUGUAUUUUUUUGUAAUAAAUAAUAAAUAUGACUCUUUUAAAAGGUUGUAUUUUAAGUAUUGUAUUUAUCAUUAUAAUUAUUACGAUUGAGAAAAGUAUAAACAAAGCACUAUUUCAAUUUCGGGAUGUACUAUUAGUUCUAGAAAUUAAUAUACAUAAUUUUGGACCACCUUUAUAUGAUUGUGAUAUGUCUUCCAACAUUACAUCAAUUUUUAGAAUUAUAUUUUAGUUAUAUUGAUUUUUGGUAUUAGAUCGGCUAUUCAUUAUUAAUAUUAGUUUGUAAAUAUCAACAAUUUAAAGCGUUAAGUUAUAUUUUGGAUCAAAAAUAGAACUCAUUUACUUUUUAUGAUUGAAAAAAACGCAGGAGAUCACAAUUUAAAUUAUUCCAAUAACAUCCCUUAAAUUUGGAUUUUAGAUUAUUCGAGUACAAAUUUUGUAUUACUUUUCAGUUUCAAUACAUUAUUAAUCAAUAUAAAUUACACAAUGAUAAAAAUUAGUUAUAUUAAAUUUAUUUGGGAUAUCUACAGAGCUGACCGUCCCUAAAAUAGGAAAAGAUGCUUCAUUAAUUAUAUUAAUUUUUGAGAUAUUAAUUUCUUUACAGUCUUUUUGAUCUGUGAAGAUAUGUGAUUUUGUUUCUUCGACAAUUUUCUACAUUUCCACUAUCUAUGUCUCUUAUACUACCACACUUUUAAAGAGUGAAGUAGCUGAGCUCCUGCAUAAACAGUGCCCGAUGUAUUCUUAGAAUUUUGUAAUAUAAGAAAUUAACCAUUUAUGCAACUUUUCUAAAAAUGUGAACACCAAUAAGUUGUAUAGUAUAUUUUUCGGAUUUAUCAUAAUCAAAUAAUGAUGGUAUUUGAUGUAAUGACGACAAAAGUUCUUUCCAUGGUCAUUCCAAAAUUAGGAGUUUUAUCUCUAAUGUGGUUGACUCCUAUAUAAUUGAAAUUAAUUUUACAAAGUUAUUUGCGACGACUAUGGAGGGUAGAGGUACUUUACGCCUACCGAACAAAUUAUUAAUGGAACCUAAAAUAAAAAUAAUCAACAGGAAGAGUAGGAAUUAGUUUUAAUUUCUUUUAUUUUCACCAUACGAUGAACUAAGCGGGAAUCGUGUGAAACACGAGGACGGGAGAGUGUCGUGGUUUUCAGCUGUCUCAAAAUACUGUGACUCGCCGUAUAAAAACGAUAAAUGAAAACACAAACGAACAGCUCCAAGAAGAUAUUGCACCAUGUGUUGCUUUUUUGUUAUAACUUCACGAUUCAACAGAUAUCAUUGAUACUACACAACAACUUUUUAUUCGAAUGGUAUUUGAAGAUUUCUCGACUAACGAAGAAAUAUUAAGUUGAUUACCUUGAAAGGAAAAACUCGUGACCUUGAUAUAUUUACGGAACUCUAAGUAUAUAUUAGACCUUUCUAUCAACUCGUAUCAAUGACAACUGAGGGGCCACCUACAAUGACAGAUAUUCAUAAUGGGUUCAUUGCUCUUUGCCGAGGAUUUUCCAGACUUCAUUAGCUACCACUGCAUAAUUCAUCAACGAGUAGGUACUAAUUAGUAUGAACACAUAAUAUGUAAUGGAUAUUUCUUUCAAGGAUGUAAAUUCUAUAAAAGAAAAAUUUUUCCAAAGGCGACUGGUUAAACAGAAAUUAGCUGAUGAGGAACCAGAUUUGAAAUUGAACACUGAUGUAAGGUCGUUGAUAGAAUCAAGAUUUCGAGAUUUAUUGGACGAAAAAAUAAAAUUUUUUCAACAGAUGUGUAAUGAUUAUCAGCGUGUGGUUGAUUUAGACUUGCAAUAUGAUUAAGCAUAAAAUCAGGAACUACAAGGAAAGAACAAAACAGUAACAGAAAUUAUGAGUUCUAUUACAGCAUUUUAAAGCUAAAGAACAUAUUGGGUCUAAUUAAUCCUUGUAUAUAGUAAUAUUAAAACUGCAAUUAGAACAGUUUCUUAUGCAGACUCCUUGAGAAGAUAAUGAAAUUUCUUAAAGCAUCGUGAAAUGUAUUAUUGCUACUAGUUCAGAGUGCUGUUAAUCGCUAUUUGAAGAUGUUGCAGCUACUGAUGCAAGAGGAAACUUAUUACGCAGAUUGGAAACAGGAUGAAUGCUGUCAGCAAAUUCAUUUUUAUUUCCAAUGGAGUCCUCAAAGUACCCCUCGGCGACCGCUGAGGACCUUCAUUUAGUAGCAGUGACCACUAAAGUGUUAAUUUUAAGUGGUUGGAUUGUGCAUUUACUGUUAAGGUACUUUAUAAAAAAUCGUCUAUGAGACUUGCUAGGAGAGUGUAAUGCAGCAUAUUUGCAGUAAUAACUGACGGAAUUUAGAAUAUUAGAAACAAAUUUUCUAAUUAUUCUAUUUCAUCUUACUUCAUCUUCACGGCCACUUCUACCAAAUACACCAACAAUUAUUGCCAUUUUAUCCGUGUCUGCAAAUUAUAAAUUUGUUCUCUUGUGAGAAUUUUUGAUUUUCUCGGACGGUAUCCCACUUUGUCGCUCCAGAAAUUAGUAAGGAAGUAAUUUGUUGCUGAUGUUUAAAUGAUUUUUAAUAAGUAAACAGACUUCUAUCAUGGAUCACAAAUUCGAUUGUCACUCAAAAAAAACCAAAAAUACAGUUUCACCAAACUGAAUUCAAACUUUACACCAUGCAUGUAUGUAUCAUACUGUUGUUUCGAUUUCGAGGCAGCAGAUCCAAUGUCGCUCUGCUUGCUGCCUGUUUGAUGUCCAACGGAACAGCAGUGUCGAGUGUCGGUACUACAUACACGGUCAGUUUUAGUCAGUCGAUUUCUUUAUUAAUCAUAUUUAUUGCUCCAGUAAAAUAGAAAUUAUUAAUAAAAACACACCAAACAAUCUUAACUUUUUACAAAUUUAAAUGAAUGUGGUCAUGACAUCUUCAAAUUACGUUAUUAGGUAAUUCUCUUACUUAAAGCAAUAUCGAAUCGAAUUCCGUAUUUUCAAAGUUGAUUAACUGUAGGAAAAUAUUAGUGAAAGUUUUUUGUUUUCUUUGUAAGAAGAGUGUUAUAAAAUAUUAUGUGUGAUAUACGUGUUAAAAGUGAUUUUAUUUUGUUCGUGGAGUUGAUCAUCUCUACAAAAUAAAAUCUUAUAACACUUGUAUCAUAAAUAACUAUUUCGAGGUGACCGCAGAAAAACAUAUUUACAUUCAAUUCUUACAUCAAACUUUAUUUGCCUUAUGCUGACAAUUUACAAUGGUAAUAGCUUCAGUGAAUUAUAUUAAAACGGUAUUAUAAGGCUAUAGGGCAACGUAAAUGCAACUCGUUUAUUUCUCAUUUAAACUAAUGCCUUCAUAAGAUCGUAUCGAAACAAAAAUCAAAUCAAAUCAAAACAUUAAAUACAUACAGAGACAACGCUCAAAACGUACACAUACAACUGUCUCCUACGACUGCUACUACUGUACUCUAAAGCACAACUUCGUAUAUUAUUUUUUGUGCUAUAUGCUAUAUUCUGAUACAGAUGAUAUAGCAACUUUUUGGCCCAAAUCUUAUUAGUAUCUCCUAUUGGAACUUUUUUGUAUUGUUUUAAAGAAAAUUUGCUUUUAUAAGUGUAUAUUGCAAUGUUUGAUUCUCAAAAUAGUAAUUGGAACUGUACAGUGAUUGUUUCUGAGUACUGAAUGUUGAACAUUAAAUUUGGCUUUUGAUGUAUAAAUUAUUGCCCUAUGUUUGACAUGAGUUUUGUAAACAGAAUUUUAUAAUAUUUAUAAUACUUUUCAUAUGUAGUCGAAAAUAAUAUUAGAAGUUUAUGAAAAUGUGAUCUCCUUUAAGUAAACUUUUCCUAAUGUUUCAUAUUGUAUGUAUUUAAUAUUUUAAGCUUAAAUGUUUAUUUUGAGGCUAUGUAGAUGUUACAUAUUUUAUGUAUAAGUUUAUUGUAUUUACCUCAUUUGAAUUUUCUAUAACAGGCUGUGAAUUUCUCUAAAGAUGUAAAACUUUAGUUCCAUAUUAAUAAUUUCGAGCAUUAUUUAUUUUUUGAGCUGCCAAAUAACACUUUAGAUUACUAGAGGCAUAUUAUUUAUUGUAAUGUACAACUUAUUAAUGUAUUGCGAUAGCUUUUGUAACUUUUAAAAAUAAAAUGUUUUCAAGAUUUUAUUAAC